AUGGCUAUCAGCAAUAACAAACUGCCAACCCCACCGUUUUGUUCUGUCCAGGGCUCCCCUUACGAUGCCCAUACGACGGGGAUGACCGGAGCCAUCAGCUACCACCCGUACGGCAGCCCUGCCUACCCCUACCAGCUCAACGACCCCGCGUACAGGAAAAACGCCACCCGCGACGCCACGGCCACGCUGAAGGCCUGGCUGCAGGAGCACCGCAAGAACCCCUACCCCACCAAGGGCGAGAAGAUCAUGCUGGCCAUCAUCACCAAGAUGACCCUCACCCAGGUCUCCACCUGGUUCGCCAACGCCCGCCGGCGGCUCAAGAAGGAGAACAAGAUGACCUGGGCCCCGCGGAACAAGAGCGAGGACGAGGACGACGACGAAGGCGACGGGGCGAGGAGUAAAGAGGAGAGUCCCGAGAAGAUGCCCGAGAGCAACGAAACCUCCGCGGAGGACGAAGGUGUGCGCGAGUGGUCGCCCGAAAUCGCCACCUCGGACCUCAAGAGCCAGACCCUGGGCCAAGGCUGCCAGCCUGCGCCGCUCUCCUCGGCCACCCCCGCCUCCGCCCCGCACAGCGCUGCCUACUCGCCCUCCUCCCUCCUGGGGAGACAUAUUUAUUACACCUCACCUUUUUAUAGCAAUUAUACAAACUAUGGGAACUUUAACGCUCUCCAGAGCCAAGGAAUCCUGAGAUACAACUCCGCAGCGGUGGCUUCAAACGAGGGACUAACUCAGACUGUCCUAAACGCCAGCUCUGUCCACAAGCAGAGCAGUGACUCUUUGAAAACGAUCACUAACCAGCUAGAGCAACAUUACAGGCCCUCUAGUUAUGACUCUAAGAAAGAUCCCACCGAAGUCUGCACAGUAGGAGUACAACCAUACCUAUAGAAGUGCAAUCACACAGCAAUGCAAGUAGGUGUCACAAUUGCUUUGAAAAAAGUCAGCAAGCCAUCAUCUCUCCCCGAGAUAAUAUAUAUAACAAAUCUCUAAAUCCGGAUCACAUCUUGUGCCACUGUAUAAAAGCAGAACACAGAGCACUAUUAAAUCUUCAGACUCUAAUUAUUAAACCAGAAUUUUGUUGGACAUAUGUGAGUUUGCUGGUAUAGUAUAGUUUCCCCAAUGUACGUGUGACUUUUGAAAACAGAUCUGUUUUUCUCAGGAUAUCUUGAAUUGAUCACUUCAUUGCCACGGUAUAUAUUCGAUAGGUGUGAUAGGAUUUAUUGUAAAAUUUAUUUGUAAAAGAU